CGAGCGCUGGGGAGCACUUUCACGCUCCGCGGCUCCAGGCGAGAGGUCGUGCUGCUGCUGCUCGACGGGGCGGGGGGGCUGGCAGCGCUUUGGGAAGGCGGAGCUCUCUCAUUGCCCCCUGCCGUCGAUGCUGCGGUUGCUUUAGCCGCUGGAGCUGCUGCAUGGGGCGCGGAGCUGCUGCUGCUGCUCCUGUGGUCGCUGAGUCGCUGUUGCUCGGGGGAGCGGGCUCCCCCGGUCUUCUCCUCCUUCCUCCUCCUGCUCCUCCUCGCCCGUGGACCGCUCGCUGGGUCGCGCGGUGACCUAGGCGGAGUAGGGCAUCUCCUUCCUUCCACCCUGGACGUCUUUCCUCGCGCUUCGUCUCGCCCUUUCCUCCUUUUGGAUGCUUAUUCCAGCCUCUCCCACUCUCCGCCGCCCUCCUCGUCCUCGUCGCCCUUCUCCUCCUGCUCUCCAACUAGCAGCUGCGGCCAUCGCCGUCGGGGCUGCUCCGGCGCCAUGCACACGGUGCAGAAGGACACUACCUUCACGAAGAUCUUCGUCGGGGGGCUGCCCUACCACACCACGGACUCCUCGCUGAGGAAGUACUUCGAGGUGUUCGGCGACAUCGAGGAAGCCGUCGUCAUCACGGACCGGCAGACGGGAAAAUCCCGGGGAUAUGGCUUCGUAAGUGCGGAUUUGGGGGCCGGGGGGGGUCGCUUUUCGGGAAGGUCUGGGAGGGGCUGUUCUCGUCACCUGGCGUCGGGGCACCACGCCAAAGGACCUCGCCACCCCGCCUCUUGCAGGUCUUGCCAAUGAAUUCUGAGUAGUCGACACGUCGGGGCGCUCACCUGCAAUAGGAGUCUUCCGUUUUCUGCCUUAAGCCUGCGUGGAAAGGUUAACAUUUCAACGGCAGAAAAGGGAGACGGGCCGUGGGGAAGCCGUACAGUAUUUUUUAACUCCCUCUUUCUCGAACUUGGUGAUCCCUUUGAGCCAUAACCAGUCUAUAUUGAAUGAAAUAGUAAUAGAAUUGUAGAGCUGAAAGGGACCCCGAGGGCCAUCUAGUCCAGCCCCCUGCAAUGUAGGAAUCUCAACUAAAGCAUGACAGAUGGCCACCCACCCUCUGCUUAAAAUCCUCCAAGGAAGGAGAGUCCACAACCUCCAUUCCACUGUCAAACAGCUCUUUGUCAGAAAGUUCUUCCUGAUGUUCAGUUAGAAUCUCCUUUCCUGUAACUUGAAUCCAUCGGUUUGGGUCCUACCCUCCAGAGCAGGAGGAAACAAGCCUGUUCCCUAUGUGACAGCCCUUUCGAUGUUUGAAGAUGGCUAUUGCAUCUCCUCUUAAUCUCAGGCUAAGCAUAUCCAGCUCCUUCAACCAUUCCUCAUCAGGCUUCGUUUCCAGACUCCAGAGCAUGUUGAGUUUGAUGCCCCUCUGUUAUAUAAACUUGCGGUGGGGUGCAAUUUGUUGGCUUAGGGUGGGAGCCCACAGACCUGCAACUGCCUCUUCUGGCUUAUGAAACUGGAGGAGCCACAUCUAGAGGGACUUCGUUGGUUCCAAAGGUGGUUUGGGAGUCUGGUAGCUUAGAGUUGGGGUGCUGUGUGGGUGGAGGGAACAGAAAGUGGGUAGUCACUCCUAGGGGAAGAGAUGGAAGCAAUUGGCUGUUGCUUCUAGAAUGGUCCUUGGAGUCCAGUUCAAGAUUACUCUGCAGAGCUGAAAACUAGGUUCCAAAGGGCCUGGAGAGCUCUUUACAUUGAAGUGAAGUGUUCUGCUUAAUUGGCGUUUGUGUGCACUUGUGGGGUAUGUCGUUGUUAACAAUACUGUAAUAGUAAAAACAAUGUAUUUGGUAAAGGAGAAGAGACUCCUUGCAGACAUAUAGCUGGGAGGUGGAGACUCUGCUUGGAUUAUCUGCUCAGUGUGUUUCUGGGGAAAUGGGGUUGUGGGUCGCACGAACUCUUUGCUGUAGUAUUUACGGCAUCUCUUCCGUGUGCGUGUGUCUUGUGUUGUCUCCCUCAUCCUUUCAUACUGGGUGUGGGGAGUGGGGCAACCUCCGAAAUUGUCUCCCAUCAAGGAAUCCGUUCCAGUGGUUCUACGGUGGUCCUGAUCCGUAGGGAAUUUGCAGCAGAGUGGCAGAAGUGCCGUGCGGGUCCGGAAGUGGAGGGUGUCUCUUGGAAAAGGAAUCGGGCUUAACAGUUGCAGGGGCUAUUGCGUGAGCAGAGGUUUUUGCAGGUUGCGUUACUUCCUGCUGCUUUCUGACUUCGUGACCUCUAAUCGGGUACUUUUUCCCUCACCCUGUCAAAUGAAGGGUACUCAACUCUGUGUGGGGGAAAUGGUUUUGUAUCCUAGUGUACUGCUGCCCCACUGCCUUUGAUCCUUGUUGUGUUGUUCCCAGUUCACAAAAAUCAGGGUGGGAAUAUUACCCUGUCACAUUCCCCUUCCCCUCUUCCAAAUACUCCCCCACUGUUCAUGCUGCGGUAGAUUUGGAGUAUUACAUGGGCUCCUUUUUGCAGUUCCUACGGAUGUCUUCCAACAAUUUUUCAAAGACAGUUGCUGGGUGAGGAGAUGGAGGAAAUUGCAUCUUCUCUUUGGCUUCCAGACUUUUGAAGGGAUUGCAUACUAAGUGCAGGAGCUGGGAGAGGUGAAUAGCGAACUCAAUUCUCCGAAUAGGGAUAUUCACACAGCCAAAACACCAACAUAUACACACACACACACACGGUGUUGGCAAGUUGUGGAGAAUCCAGAGGUUUGCAGAAGUGCAGAAAAGAAAAUUAAAAUGUGCAUUCACACACACAAUUUUCAGGGUGGGUGGGGGAGGAGUAACCUAUCUAGAACAUCUCAGUAAGGACUGAGCAUCUAUUGGGUGCGUGGGUGUGGAAAAAAGCAUGGCUGACCAGAACUGAUGAGGAGCACUUUGUGCUGCAACAUUUUGUUGCAGGCGCCACUUAAGUAGAAGUUCCUUAACUUGCUGCUGCCGCAAAAUACAGGGAUAACUUUAAAAAGGGAUUGGACAAAUUCAUAGAGGUAUGGAGAAGUACCAGUCAUGGUGGCUGUACGCUAUCUCCAUAGCACCGCCCACGUCCCUAAACGAUUGAGCCUCUUGGGCUUGCUGAUUGGAAGGUUGGUGGUUCGAAUCCGCUCAACGGGGUGAGCUCCCGUUGCUCUGUCCCAGCUUCUGCCCACCUAGCAGUUCUGAAGCACGCCAGUGCAAGUAGAUAAAUAGGUACCACUCCGGUGGGAAGGUAAACGGCAUUUCCAUGCGCUCUGACUUCUGUCACAGUGUCCCAUUGUGCCAGAAGCAAUUUCAUCAUUCUGGCCACAUGACCCGGAAAGCUGUCUGUGGACAAACACCGGCUCCCUCGGCCUGAAAGCAAGAUGAGCGCUGCACCCCAUAGUCACCUUUGACUGGAUUUAACUGUCCGGGAGCCCUUUACCUUUUACCUCUGCUAUCUCCAGGAUCUGAGGUGGGAUGCCUCUGAAUAUUGGUUGCGGUGGAGAGUACAGUUGCCCUGCAGUCCUGCUUGUGAGCUUCCCAGAGGCAUCUGAUGGGCUGCUUUGAGAACUUGCCUUGCAUUAGGGACAUGGGAAGCUGCCUAGUUGACCCCUCUUGCCCAUUCUACACAGGCUGGCAUCUGUUCUCUCAAGUUCUUCAGCAGAUGCUUUCGUAGUCUUACCCAGAGAAGCAGAGGAUUGCUCCUAGGAUCUCUACCGUUUCCUUUCCCAGGUUCUUAAAUUUCUUCUUAAAGAGGAUUCUUGUUGUAAGCGACAGGAGGCUUUCUCUAACCAAUAAUUGACCUUGCACUUCAUUGUUGGGCAUCUUGAGGAUGCAUCUCAGCAGGGCGUUUUCACCACCGCCUCCCGACUGCUUUGCAUUUUUAUCAUUAGAAUAAAAAGUCAAUGAACUUGUGCAGCCCAGGAAUGAUUUUAGGCGGUGUAUUAUUAACAUUAUGUCAAAGCCGAGACAACUGUGGCCAGUCUUAGCUAUGGUUUAUGGUAACAAGCCAGAUUCAGAUAUGGUUUAUGAAGUUGACUUGUUGCAGUAAACCACAGUUAAGACUAACCACAGUUUACGGGGUUGUGCCUAAUGUUAAAUCGCCGUUGAAAAUGGAAGCAAAAAGCUUCUGAUCUCGGUACCUGCACUCGAGAGUUUGGUGUGGGGAGCUGACAAACCCAAGGCUCUUUCAUGUAACACUAAGCCAGAGUUUAGUGUUGCAUCCCAACCAUGACAAUUAUUUCCAGCUAUGUAGGAAUGUCACAUUUAGCCGGAGUCUUUAAAAUAGAAUUUGCAUGAUCUACAUAUAUGAAGCAUGUUAAUUUUCCCCUGGAGACAACUUUGCGUUUAGCAGUUUUGUCAUGCAUUGAAAUAAACCCUACAGACUUGUUAACGGUGUACAGACAGGAGUGUCUCCUGCCUUCUCAAGCUUCAGUAAUGCAAUUCCACACUUUCAAAAAGGGGAAGCUGUUCAUUUCUGUGCUGUUCUUGCUGCUGGUUAGGUGGGGCUGCACUGCUUGGGUUUCUGUUUGCUUUGUGGUGAGAAGAAAAGGAAAAGCUACCACCUGAUAUUCCCUAACAGUGCCAAAAGGAGAGGGGGGCGCAAUGUGUUGUUUUUAAAAAAGAGGAAACAAAAAUAGUAGCUACUCUGAACUUAUCUGCCUGCAGUUUAUAGCAUUCUCCCUUGAGUGCUCUUUUGCUUUGGGAUGCUUCCAUCUACUGCUGGCUUUUCCAUUGUAAAUCACGUUCUGAAAGGCAAACUUUACAGUGCUUGGAAGGUACUUCAGCCAUAAAGCUGCCUCCGUGAGUGUACCGGAGUUCAAGGGAUCUUGAAUCUUAAAACGGCAUCUUCGCCUGCCUCCGCCUCUGCUUGGCUGCCUGAUAUUCAGCCUGCCUGGUCUUUUUUACUUGUGAUGUCAAAACAGGAAACAAAGGGGGAUAUAGGUGGAGAUGAUGAGGCUUCCUCUCUCCAGAGCUACAUAACGGAUUAUCCCCUCUUAACAGCUUUUCAAGUGAGAUUCAAGGAGAGUUCUUAACUUUGUUGUGUGGAAGUGCUUGCUAGAAAGGAGGGGAGGAAAAACACCCACUUGGUGGUGUUCCAGGUCGCUUACAAACGCAGUCUGCCUGCUUCUUUCCAGGUGACCAUGGCUGACAGAUCUGCAGCCGAAAGGGCUUGCAAGGAUCCCAACCCCAUCAUUGACGGCCGGAAAGCAAACGUCAACCUUGCCUAUCUGGGAGCAAAACCAAGGAGUAUUCAAACUGGUGAGACCAACUGCCCCCACUCCCCUCUCUCUUGUCUGUCUCUCUCUCUUUAUAAAUUGGCUCAAUAUCUUUCUGGGUUUGAAUAGGACAAUAAAAAUAAAGCUGUGUGUUUUCUGCACCCAGGAAGCUCAUUCCACCAUCCAAAUAAACUCUGCAUGCUGAGCUUAUUUUGUGUGAUUUGUUUCUGCUGCCAAGAAUGGAGUUUUCAACGCCACUGACAGUCUCUUGGCAAGUGCUGCAGGAGCUGGAGCAGAGAGACCAUGCAACUAUGCAUGCUCCAGUUCCCAAGGAACAGGGACCGUGUGCUUUUUAGACAGUCGUGGUCAAGUGACAUGUGCAGGCCCUCCCCUUCUUGUGUAUGCAUUUCCCUUUCCUGGUUUGUUCUAACCCUAGUUUACCAUGAUGUCCACAUCUGGCAAACUGUGGCUGAGGCUAAAUAUUAUUCUUAUUCUUAUUUUAUUUAAUUUAUACCCUGCCCAUCUGGCUGGGUUUUCCCAGCCACCUGGACAGCUUCCAACAAAAUAUUAAAAUACAGUAGUCCAUCAAACAUUAAAAGCUUCCCUAAACAGGGCUGCCUUCAGAUGUCUGCUAAAAGUCUGGUAGUUGUUGUUCUCUUUGACAUCUGGAGGGAGGGCAUUCCACAGGGCAGGUGCCACUACCUUGAAGGCCCUCUGCCUGGUUCCCUGUAACUUGGCUUCUCACAGUGAGGGAACCGCCAGAAGGCCCUCAGCGCUGGACCUCAGUGUCCGGGUAGAAGGAUGGGGGUGGAGACGCACUUUCUAAAGAAUAAAGUGUGGGGGGGGGGUGAAAGUGGUAUAUAAGGAGCAUAUGGUAUGCUCAAACUUGCAGAGUACAGUGGUACCUUGGUUUACAACCAUAAUCCGUUCCGGAGGUCUGUUUAUAAACCAAAACAGGUUGUAACCCACGGCGCGCUUUCGCCAAUGGGGCCUCUAAAUUUUUUUUGUUCAUAAUCCAAAAAAUAAAAGGGUUGUAAUCCAAAAAAAGGUUGCAAACGCUUCUGGGUUUGACCCGUUUGUAAUCCAAAACGUAUGCAAACCAAGGUACCCCUGUACUCUGGUUGUCACACCAGGUGAUUGGCCUCUGUGACAUCCAAUUAUAAGGCAAAUCUUUAGAACAUCUGUGUUUAGCUCAAAGCUUACAGUAAACAGAGGUUGGGGUGUGUGGGGUUUUUUUUUGUUGAAAAAAUGUAAUCCAAGAAAAAUCAUAGGUGUCUUUCUGUAGCUUGCUGGCUCACUUGAGCCAUCAUAGAUGCUUCUGCCCUUCGUAUUGCUCUCCUUUGGAUAGUUCUGCAUGCUUUUGAGGACAGGCAACUACAGCUGAAGCCCUGGACUGCUUCAUUUGUGUUCUUUUUCGUCAGCUCCAGAAACUAUAGGCCGUGAAAUAUAGCCAUUUGAUGUUGUGACCCGAGAGCCUUGCAGAUUCAAAGAAAGAAAAACAGACAAAUUAUCUUAAAUAUGACAAUGUAUAUAUAUCUUGAAUUUCUGAGCAUGCACUGGAGAAUAAAUGUGCUGGAAGCAAAGAAGGGGAAGAUGGGGAUUUGUGCAAAGAAAAGAACGCUGGGGAACUUUGCCCAAGGAUUAGUAUAGUUGGCUUGAGAUUGUAUAUAAUCUGCCGCCAACUGUUCACAACUUCAGUAAACUUUGUGUGUGUUGGAGAAUGGUUACAGGUUGAAGCAGAGGCGAAUGUCUGAGACCAAGGGGAAAGGUUGACAGCAAUAUGGCAGGUGCAGCAGUCUAGGGAGAAGGCAGAAUUAUACGAACUCAGAAAAGGAUGCUGUGAAAGGGAGAUGGAAGCAUUUUACCUCUAAGGAAGCAAAAAAGAGAAGAUGGCAGAUGGACACGACAAUGGGUCCAAGUAAGGAGGGGCCCCGUUAAUGAAAGUCAAAAUUGUAGAUGCUUUCAUAAAUGAAAAACUGGAGCUUUGAACACAAACAUGAGUCAAGUGGAGGACUAGCUGUCUAGAAAAGAGACACAUUUGAGACUUGGAAUUAAUAGAAUGUAGCAGAGUAUGGGUGAUAGAAGAGUAUAUUAUAUUAAUAGUAUAUUAAAAACUGGGAAAAUUAAAUAGUGGGGAACUUGCUUGUGUAGUUACACAAACAUCCCGUGAUCGUGGUAGGGGGAGUGGGAAGUUGACACAACACAUUUUUAGAAGUUUAUUAAAAUAGCUAAUAGAAUACAUUGCAGUCAUCUGGUUCAAAAAGGAUACCAAACCAUAGUUUGACAUAACAUGAGGCCGUGAACAAACCUUGUUCUCCUCCUCUCCUCUCGUCCACUCCAAUUCUGUAAGUUUCUUCAUGUGUAGUACAAACGUAGUCUGCAGUUAGAAUCCAAACCAGCAAACCGGUUUGUACUUGCCUUGCAAAACAUGCCCAAACCGUAGUUUGCAAUCAUGGUUUGGAGGGACAUGCAAACCAUAGUUUGCUAGUUUGUAUGUAACUGCAAACUAUGACUUGUGCUGUAUGAAAUAGCUACAGGUAGGAGUGGAUGAAGUGUUGAGAGGUCUGGAAGCAUAACUAGUUUUAAUGUCAAGGCUAAACUAAUAAUAAUAAUAAUAAUAAUAAUAUAUCCUGCCCAAUUCCAAGGGAGCCACAGGAAGGAAACAAUGUCUGAAGGGGGCCAUGGUCGGAAAAAAGUUGGAAAACACUGGGCUAAAACAUGCACUCUGAAAUGUGGUAAUAUACAGUACAGGAGAAACAUUGGCCAGUUCAAGUUAAGUCGCCAACUGUUGGUAACAAUUCAGAGCAGAGUUAAAGAGAUGCCUGAGGACAGGAUAAUGUUUCCUGCACUCCACAAAAGCUGAUGCUGUAUUUGUUAGCCUUAAAGGUGCCACAAAACUGCUCACUGCAACAGACUUCACAAGACUACUCUCCGGAAUUCAUCAGAUAAUGUUGUCAUAGAGAAAGUAAACACAAAAAUUGUUUGUACCAAAGAGUAAGGAUUAAGAUAGCUACGAUGCACGAAGCAAAACUGUAAAUCCCGCCGCAGACAGCGGCACUUAGCUCUAAGUAAGCAGGCCUAGGCACAAGCUGCACUUCUGAAUACACGAUAACGUUGCACAGCCGGAUCUAAUACUGCGUUUUGCAAACAUUUUUCUAGGUUUCACCUUAGGGGUGCAGCAGCUACAUCCAGCUCUCAUCCAGAGACCUUAUGGGUAAGUGGAAUUCUGUUGCUUCUUAUAAAUUUCAUUUGCAACUUAAAGGUAAAACUAGCAAAUUGUCUUGAAGAAGGGAAAUAAACUUCUAUGUUGCGGCAAAACCUCCUGGAAAUCUACGGCAAAGCUUUUUAAUCUUUGUGUUUGGAUCACCUCUUUGGUUUAUUUUCAUGGGCGUUGCAUUUGCCACCAGCAAAUUCUAAUCUUUGGAAAUGACCCUCUUUCCUUGGGUUGCACAUGAAGGGGCUCAGUGGAGCCUUUCUUCUCCCUUAAAUUUCACCUCCCCGCUCCACCUCUCAGGGUGCCCCAGAGUUGCUCAGGAGAAGGGAGGUGUGGGUGCAGCACCCAUGACCCUCAAGCCAUCUCCCUUUGCUUGAUCAUCUGACGUGAGCUUGUGUGCUGGAGGGUGACAGAGGAAGAUAGGACUACAGUGUCCUUCUGCGGACCAUGGCCAUAAUCAUGUUACCUGCUCUACUGAUGGGUACGCAAAACUCUUGAGAAUACAGUGGUACCUUGGUUCUUGAACUUAAUCCAUUCCAAAAGCCCGUUCGACGCCCAAAACUGUUAUAAAAUCAAGCCGUGGCUUCUGAUUGGCUGCAGGAGCUUCCAAAAAACAUUCACAAACCGGAACACUUACUUCCGGGUUUGCGGCCGAUUUGUUCAGGAGCCAAGCCGUUCGAGUACCAAGGUACCACUGUAUCCCAUUUCUUCAGUCCCUUUGUCCUAUCCGAAGAGGCGGAAGCCGUUCCAUGGUACGUUUCUCCAAUCUUUAAUUCCCCCAUGGGAUAUAUUGCAACGGGAAGUUCUCCUGCACAGGCUCUGCUGAAAUGAAUGGGGGCUGUGCAGGAGCAUGGCAUUUCUGGGUUUGUGAAUGCCCUCAUGCUGGAUAAACUUCGUACAACCUAAGCAAGGUCUUUUUUUUUUGUGGGUUUUUAUUUUUGCAUGGCGUUAAUUUGAAUUUGCUGCAUGUAGUUGCCUCAUUGCUUUGUGCUCUGUGUAACAGUCCCUGGCCCAGAAGACAAGCUGCAAAGUCUUAAUAGUCAAUGAAAGGAACAUUAGGUCAGAAAUUGAUUCUGGACAGAUGUUAUACGGGGCUUGAGGAGCCUACAGAAGCAAGCCAUUGUCUGCUGUUUUCAAUAGCAUAUCCCAUUCCUCCCCAGUCCAGAACAUCCUCUUUUUAUGCAUCUAAUAGGAUCUGGCAGCUGCUCUGGAAAAGACAAGUGUGCUGCUAGAGAACAAUAGCAACUGUCAUACUACCUUCAUUUAACUGUUUAAUGAUUGAUGCCAUUCCUUUUUCUCUUUUUUCAGCACUGUGUUUUUCAGAAAGUGCAUGUUGGGUGCUGUGUGUGUGACCUUGGGAAGGCUUCUGGUUUUAUGGGACAACACAUUGUCUUUUUUUCUUUGCCAAGAAUAAUUAAUAUUUAAUCUUUUUUCCCCUGUCCUCUGCAAAUCUGAUGCUUUUUUUCCCAAACCUCCCCACCCCCACAAGGAAGCCUUCCUGCUCUGGGUUUUGCCAACUGCAUUGAUGUUAAAGAUUUAUUGGUGUGAGAGGUCAUGUUGUCACAAUAGCGACUUCACCACCUCGGUGUGUGUUGUUGAAACAAAUUGCUUUUUUCACAUUCAAAUGCCCGUUUUGGGUUUAGGCCGCUGCCUUCAAAUAAGGAAUAUUUGCUCUUGUUCUUAAUAGCUCAGGGAAAAAAGAGCAUUGGGUUGUGUGUGGGUUUCUACUUUUUCUUUAAGGCUCGGUUCGGGGAGGGGGUUGUUGAGGGUGGUGAUAGCAUGAACCCUGUUGAAUUCAGCAUGGCGUUUUCUGCAGCUCCACUGCUGAAGCAUUUCCCGAAUGCAGUUACCUGCAGAUGGCCUAAAUGUGCAUUCGCAGAACUGAUCUGAGAAGUAGACUCUGCGCAGCUUCCCCACUGCACUCUCCGAAUACUGAAUUUUGCCAUCAUGUAAAUCUGCACUAAAAUAAGGAGGAAUUUUCCACUGUUUGCUAGGUGCUCUGUGGAAAAGAGAAAUGGCUCUGUGCCAGUUCAGAGAACUCGGACCCAACCAUAGGUCCCCAGAGCUGCAUCUCUUUUCUCUGACCAAUGGCCGUGUUAGCUGGGGAUGACAUAGGUUGUGGUCCAAAAACAUGGGGCAGCAAUGGAUGGGUAUAGCCAGAAUGAAUUAUAGAAUGGGUAGCAUAAUAAGAGGGACGCGGGUGGCGCUGUGGGUUAAACCACCGAGCCUAGAACUUGCUGAUCAGAAGGUCGGCGGUUCGAAUCCCCGCGACGGGGUGAGCUCCCAUUGCUUGGUCCCAGCUCCUGCCAACCUAGCAGUUCGAAAGCAUGUCAAAGUGCAAGUAGAUAAAUAGGUAUCGCUCUGGCGGGAAAGUAAUCGUCAUUUCCAUGCACUGCUCUGGUUCGCCAGAAGGGGCUUAGUCAUGCUGGCCACAUGACCCGGAAGCUGUACGUCGACUCCCUCGGCCAGUAAAGUGAAAUGAGGGCCGCAACCCCAGAGUCGGUCACGACUGGACCUAAUGGUCAGGGGUCCCUUUACCUUUACCUAGUGUAAUAAGAGGAGGAAACGUCUUAAUCUUCUAAUUGACCUAUCAAACAAGGAGGCUAGAAACUGACCCUUGCCAUCAUUGCACAUGUCUGUGUACUCAGUGCAUAUAAGUGAAGAGGUCUACAGUCUACAUUUAUCCUGACAGUUCAAUCAGACCUCCACAUACAGGAGCAGUAUACCUUGGAAUGCCUUAUGCUACGCACAGACAUGGGAUGGUUGUUGGCUUUAUGCCUACCUUGUGAGCUUCUGGGUGCCUCCACUUGGAAACAGAAGGCUAGACUAGAUGGACCAGAUUUCCUUGUAUCUGUGCAAAAUGUGGGGAUAUCUGUGCACAUUUAGCUUCAGCUAUGUAUGUGGGAAAGCUGGUGUGUGGGUGAAAGCUUUUUCCAACUCUUGUGUGCUUUGUCUUCAUGCGCUAUGGAAUAUGGGACUCUUCAUGCAUGUGUGCAUUGCAAUCUAAGCAGCCAGCGUUCCAGUUCUUGGGCACCGGGUUUUGUCAGCCGAGAAACCAUUGGGGUUGCAUGAAGUGUAUAUAUGGCAAUGAAUGUCAGAAAUUAUUUGUUGGUUGCCAAGAGACGGGAACUGGGAGGCCAAGAGAGGCAGGGAAACAGAGAGAGAGAUAUGCAUGCCUAUAUCUUGUUUGUAAGCAUCGCUAAACAAGAAUUUCGCUGCAUUCUGCUCCAGCAGUGAUUCAAUCGCGGGAGAUGCAGGCUGGCAAGACGGAGAGACGUUUGCCCAAGUGAUUUUGGUUAGCACUGUAGCCUUGCUCCUGAGCAGAGCGUUGGGAGAUCUCCUGGGCAACACAUGUUUGGCAGCUGCCUCUAUUAUUGUCCUGCUGGAACAAUAGGCAAAGAAAGUUUCAGUGCUGGAUCCAGCAUUCCUUGUGCACCCAAGGCUUCAAACGCCUUUGGAAGGAAGAACUAAAAUGGUAGUGUUUGUGGCCCCUGAUAUUUUCUAGGAGUGAUCUGUUACAAGCUGUGCCCUGGAGUGUUACAUACUCUGACUUCAUUGUGUGUGGAGGCGAUGGGGGGGGGCAGGAUCCAUUGCAUCUGAAAUGUUGUUGUUGUUGUUUAGUCGUGUCCGAUUUUUCUUGACCCCAUGGACCAGAGCACGCCAGGCACUCCUGUCUUCCACUGCCUCCCGCAGUUUGGUCAAACUCAUGCUGGUAGCUUCGAGAACACUGUCCAACCAUCUCGUCCUCUGUCGUCCCCUUCUCCUUGUGCCCUCCAUCUUUCCCAGCAUCAGGGUCUUUCCCAGGGAGUCUUCUCUUCUCAUGAGGUGGCCAAAGUAUUGGAGCCUCAGCUUCAGGAUCUGUCCUUCCAGUGAGCACUCAGGGCUGAUUUAGAGCUUAAAUCUCUUUUGUGGAUCAGUAUCCAACAUGUCAAGUUCUUGGGCCAUGUACACACCGUGGGCAGAAGUGCAGAAGCCCUGCGCAAGGACUUCCAUUUGUGGAAUGGGGCUUUCCCUCUUCUCCCUUUUUGACCCCCAACAUAGCUCAAGGAGGAGUUCAGGGGGAAACCCAGAACAGCAUACAGCAGUUCUUUCUGUUGAACUGCAUUGCUUGUGCAGAUGGAAUGUUUGUAAUAGUGUGACACUAAAUUCCACCUCGUACAUUAAAUAAUAAUAAUCCUGAGAACUGUACUUGGUGAAAGUUCUUGGAAUCAUAGAUCUGAGGAGUAGAUUGCAGUUCCAAGGAUUCUGAGCGGGUGGGUGUGCUUUAAAUGCAUGGUGUGUACGCAGACUGGUUUUGGGGCUUCACGGGAAAGGUUUUGACCAGAGCAACUCUCUGGAUUUCUCUCCUUCCUUGGCAGAAAUGCUCGUGGCAAUUCAUUUAUUCUUCGGGAGACGUUCCUGGGGGGUGGUUGAGGGAAAUGUUGUUGCGGUAACCACAGACAACAGACCCUGCAGUUAGCAGUGUUGAAAUUUUUAUUGCAGUCUCAUGAGAACUAGAAGUUCUCUCUUUGAAGUGCAGCAGAUGUGAAGUUUCUCUCGCUCUCUACCUGUAGUCAGGAAAAGAGAUUGGGGGAAAAAAAGUUGGGGAAAGGGCCUAACUCUGUGGCAAGGCACCUGCUUCGCAAGCAGGAAGGUCCCAGAUUCAAAUUCUGCCACCUCCAGUUAAAAGGAAUCCAACGUAGCCCGACUCCCUCUCUCUGAAACCCUAGAGUGUCACUGCCAGUUGGAAUAGCAGUGGAAUACAAAUAGUAGACAAAUAGUUGGACUUGGUAUUAAGGCAGCUGCUUGUAUUCCAGUCUACUGGAUUGUAGAGAAGAGCUUGAGGAUGGAAGGGUUGUCUGGAAAGUUAAAGCAAAUGGAACAACAGAGUGACUUUUCUCCUAGAGUGUCUUACAAUGAGACACGCAGAGCUGCUGAAUCUUUUAAAGAACCUUUCAUGCUGUAAUUUCAAGCUGUUGAGAGGUCUGGUUGUUGAUGUGGUUUAAUGCUAACAGGGAGAGUUCCUAAAUGGGUACCUGCAGAGUGCUUCCUGGACAUGUGAUAGAUGCUGGUCUGUUUCAGAUUCUUGCCUGAUAUUAUUUGAGUGGGUGGGUCUUAUGUAGACAGUGUUAUGGACUUAGGUACAGUGGUACCUCGGGUUACAGUUGCUUCAGGUUACAUACGCUUCAGGUUACAGACUCCGCUAACCCAGAACCUCGGGUUAAGAACUUUGCUUCAGGAUGAGAACAGAAAUUGUGCUCCAGCGGUGCAGCGACAGCAGGAGGCCCCAUUAGGUAAAGCGGUGCUUCAGGUUAAGAACAGUUUCAGGUUAAGAACAAACCUCCAGAACGAAUUAAGUUCUUAACCCGAAGUACCACUGUAUAUAAGCUAGGCGCCAAAUGGCACCUUAAACCUAGGUUACGGUUGCCACAAGGGAAUGUCUAUUCACCAGGGGGUUGGACUGGAUAACCCCCGAGGUCCCUUACAGUGCUAUGAUUCUGUGAUUCUACAAUCUCAGCUACAUAGCUUGACUGUAGCUUGUCCUUACAACAAUUCACUUGUCCCAAUAUGCAAAGAGAAACACACACAGUGGAAAUGGAAAUAGUAUUAACUAUGGACUAAGGCAGAAGUUUCUAAACUGUUAGUCACCAGCCUAGCACCCAGAAAUCUCCACAUAGUUGCAACUGGACCCAUGCCAGUGCCUGGCUAAUUUCUAACACUGUAGGUAAAAGGUAAAGGGACCCCUGACCAUUAGGUCCAGUUGUGGCCGACUCUGGGGUUGCAAUGCUCAUCUCGCUUUACUGGCCGAGGGAGCCGACGUACAGCUUCCGGGUCAUGUGGCCAGCAUGACUAAGCCGCUUCUGGCGAACCAGAGCAGCGCACGGAAACGCCGUUUACCUUCCCGCCGGAGUGGUACCUAUUUAUCUACUUGCACUUUGACGUGCUUUUGAAUUGCUAGGUUGGCAGGAGCAGGGACUGAGCAAUAGGAGCUCACCCUGUCACAGGGAUUCGAACCACAGGGAUUCGAACCACCAACCUUCUGAUCAGCAAGUCCUAGUCUCUGUGGUUUAACCCACAGCGCCACCUGCGUCCCAGGUAAGUGCCCAUAUAUGUGGGGAACUGAACCAUGUGUCUCUUCCUGCCCCACCCCUUUGAGGGGGAAGAAUCAUAUGAUACGCAUAUAAUACAGCUGUCCACAUGUGCAUGCUGCAAGUCAGGUGUGAUUUAGGAUCCUUGGGUAUUCCCCUCCCUUGCCACAUCAGGAUCUGUAGUAAACAUCUGGACCAGUCAGUUGAGUUACGACCCCUCUGUAGAGGAUCACUUGGCUACCCAUCACACCAUAAGGCCUGUAACAGUGUCCUGAUUUCUCUUCCCCCGUACUCUGAGCAAAGCUUCUCCUGGAAGGAGGAACUUCAUGGAGCGGGAACAGAUUCCUUUCUAUAGCUUUUUUUGUGGUGGAAAGUACAGAUUUAGGCACGUAUUGGCUCUUCGCAACCAGCGUGGUAUGGGUUCAGCUUGUACUUUCUGAGUCUCUAUAUAUUAGUACCAAAUGUAACACGGAUACAUCUCCCCUCAAGAUUCCUGCAUAUGGAGACGUUUGGCUGGGAGUUAGAGUGCUGUUGUAGGUAGGACUUUUGAGCUCAGAUUGAGAAACCAGAGUUUAAAUUCCCAACUGGAGACAACAUGUUCUAUAGAGAGAGUCUGGCUACAAAAAAUCCUCCUCUGAUCUGGUGCCUUCCCAGUGUUUCAGGGAGCCAUUCCAAUCUGGGUUGGUGGGCUCAUAAUCCAAAACAUCUGGAGGGCACCAGGUUGCAGAAGGCUACCAGGCAACCUCACCAAGAGCGUUUCACUCUCUUGCAGCCUUAGCCAUAGGGCUGUUGAGAGGAUUACAAGGAUGCUGCAGGCUUGUUUAGGCAGGCUCGUUUAGGCGUAAAGAAAUACAGUGAACAAUUGCAAACGUAGAGAAAGUUGUCAUGAACAAUAAGUGAACCAUAAAUCACAUUAAGAUCUUAAAUAAAGAUGCAAAAAUUAAUAUCAAUAACGGCAACAACCCCUCAAAAAACCUCCCCAAAACAAUACCCCAGGCCAAGAGUCUUUUCAGCAGCCUCAGCUUUUGUAGCUGGAGUCAAUCAGGGCCCUGUUCUCCCAGAAUAGCUAGAAGGGUAGGACUCGAACCAAUGGCUUCAAGUUACAAGAAAGGAGAUUCCAACUAAACAUGCGGGAAAGCUUUCUGAUGGUAAUAACUGUUUGACAGUGGAACAGACUCCCUUAGAAGGUGGACUCUCCUUCCCUGGAGGUUUUUAAGCAGAGUUUGGAUGGCCAUCUGUCAUGGAUGCUUUAGCUGAGAUUCCUGCAUUGCAGGGGGUCAGACUAGAUGACCCUUGGCUCCCUUCCAACUCUCUGAUUCUAUGAAAAAUGCCUAUAAGACAGGGAACAGGUCUUCACGGACUCACAGCCAAGAUGGUAUACCUUGUCCUUGACAUUUCUGUGCCUUAACCAGUGGGAGGAAAUCUAAGCACAGUUCAUCUUCCUUCGAUUCCUAGCUUAAAUCAAACAAACAGAACUCGGUUUCUAACUUUUGUGGCUCCCUGACGUGUUAACGCUUGGGUUUUUUAGCAUUUUGCUUGAUCAGCACCAGCCUUGGCCAUUGGAGCUGGUACAAUUCAGUCUUGGUGAGGAAUCCUCCUUGUAUGACAAUGUUCACAUGGUGGAGAGGGCAGGGAGCUGGUUGAAGAAAGCAAACCUGAAUUAAGUCUUGCUGCUGCAUUCUGGGUUUUUUCUUUCUUUCAGUCAUACAGGCAUUUAGUUUCUGGGCCAAAUUCAGAGUUCAGCUGCAAUAUUCAGGACAUUGCAGGAAAGAGCUGCAAGUAAGGUGAAAGGGACUAACUUACUGGUAAUUUAAGCUGCUUCUCCGUAAAGCAAAGGGGGAAAAAAAAGUCAUUAGGUGACUAUCUGUUGGCUUAGCUCAGCAUAAGAUGGAAGGAACCUGAUGCAUACAUGGAGGUCAGAGGAAGAAGACCAGGAUAACUUAAAAGGGAUAUCGUUUGUUCCAUCACAGCAGUUUUUCUUCACUGCGGAAUAUCCUUCUGAAGGAUGCUUGCAGUGGUGAGGAUGAACCACGGGCCAUUAAUAGCUACAGAAUCCUAUGAAAAUGAGUUUCAGGCGAUUUAAGGCCGGCCGCUUCAUUAUCCUGAGCACUAUGUAAAGUAAGGACUCAAAUUGGAACCUAUACUGUAGCGUAAAUGUUCCUGUACAGCGUUCUUGUUUCCAUGGAUGCAUUUGCAGUAAUUUGCAAGCUGCAAUGUAGCUCCUGUUCCUUUGAUAGAAAAGAAGGGGAAAGCAGCUGCCAGGUUCCUAGCUAGGAAGAAACUCUGUCAUUGACAAUCUGAACAGCGUGAGCUUCAAGCUGUUUCACAUAACUUUUAAGAGGAGGUCAGGACUUGAUAGGACAGGAUGUAUGUCUAUCCUCAAUUUUAUAUAUAUUUAGCAGAUAUUGGAUUUAAGGACUAGAGCAAUCUGUGUCCUGGGGAAUUGCAAGGUUCUGAUGGAUUACCUUGCCCAGUACUUUCGGUCAUCCCCUCCAGCUCGUUGCUGCAGAAGAAUGUCGGUUGUGUUGUACGUAGGGUGGACACUUGUUUCAUAUGAGGUGACUAUCCUCUGCCCUGCUUUGCAGAUGAGCAGGGGUUCCUGGUUUGUACUUAAGUGUUACAGUAGUUUGGAAAGAAACACAUGAAACUGUAUCCUAUUGAAUUGGAACUGGUGGCCCAUUUAGACCCAGAAGCAGCUGACUGGGCAGGAAAGAGCCACUACACAAACUCUGCAGCAGGUGGGUUGCUGUUGCUUAUUAGGAGGAAGAAGAACAGGGGAGGUUGACGCAGUGCUAAUGCACUAGCAGGAGUCCUGCAUUGGCUCUGCUGGUGAGUUUGCACUGGGCUGACCUCUCGGCUGCCUCUUCCUCCUGGAAAGCAAAAGGGACUCGCCUCCUGGGAAAUUAGUGUAGCAGCUCCAUACUACCUGGUGAGCUGCUUCUGUUUAGACCUGUUCUCUCUAGGAAGAAGUUCUUUAGGGUCUUGGGCAGAGGCCUUCCCCAGUCCUGUUUCUAAAGGCCCAUUUAGCUGGUGAUCUGACAUUGGAAGUUAACACAAGUAAAGCAUUACCAUAUGGAUGAGCAAUAGUCCCUCUCUAGCAGUGUGGAGUUGUCUCCUCCAUUCCCUGCUUAGAGGAUUCGUCUGGGUUUCAAGUUGGUGUUGCUGUUUCCCCCUUGUCUUAAAAUGACAAAAGGAGUAGCUUUAUAAACUUGCAGAGAUGCUGUAUGUUGUAAGGAUUUCUCCUUGGGCAAUGGAACUUUUCUCCCAUGUACCCCCAAAUCUGUUCUGGGGGUUCCCUCAACCCUCUGGGGCAGAUUUGGGGAUGGUAGGAGAGGUAGGAAGUUGCACUGUGCUGGUGGUAACCCUUGUGAUCAGAGUUAUUUAGUUCAGCCCUGCUGAUAUGAAAAGUGAAAGAAAACCUAAAUCUUCAUUUCUCUUUCCUCCCUCCCUGCACUACUGUUGUUUUUGUGGAAAACAAUAGUUAACAGAUUUAGCUGCUGCAAUGGCAAAGAACUGAAACAGCCCCAUCUCCCUGCCCCCUGGCAGCAUAACUCCAAUCUGCCCCAGACCUCCCCCCCCCACCCUGCUUGCCUUUUGUGAAACACAACCCAUCAAAGUAUGUGAAAAUGACUGCAUUCAGACAGCACCUUAUUCCAUUUUCUCCACCUGAUAUUUUAAGGGUUUUUCCUGUGUGAUCUUUCACAUAGCGUUUAGAGUAGCUUCUGGAAACCAGGGGACUCUAGUGGAAGUUCAGCACUAAUUUCUGUGUUUCCAAGGGGGGAAUGGGACAACCAUUUGCAACUUUGUUAACUCAGAAAACCAGAGGAGUUUUGCAGUGUAAUUAAAUGUGAUGAAUUUUUUUUGGGGGGGGGGGUCGUAUCCUGGCAUAUGGUUCUUUCCUGCUGUUUAGAAUUUAGCAUGACAUGGGUGUAUGUUGAUCAAAAAGCCAGAGUUCCAUUAUGCAACAGGUAAUGCAGCGUAAAAGGAACAUUACGAUCUUGGACAGAAACACCAGUUCGAUAAUCCCCACACCUGUCCCAUCUACCUUGGACCUUCCAGGUGUCUCCUAGAGCUCGCUUUAGACUCUUGCAAUUCUGGAUUGCAAUGGAAGAGCAGUUGUGGGCAAGCUAUCUUUCAGGGCAGGUUUCGUUAUUGAUUUCUUUUGCCGCAAUUGGAUUUUUUUCACUAGAGGAACUCUGAUAAUCUCGUAGAAAACUCCAGGGCUAUGUUUGAAACCCCUUUCUUUGUUUAAAGACCACUUACUCAAUUCUGUUAUACAGUGGUACCUCGCAAGACGAAUGCCUCGCAAGACGAAAAACUCGCAAGACGAAAGAGUUUUUUGUUUUUUGAGUUGCUUCGCAAGACGAAUUUCCCUAUGGGCUUGCUUCACAAGACGAAAACGUCUUGCAAGUUUGUUUCCUUUUUCUUAAAACCGUUAAUACCCAGGGUAACCGUACUUCGCAAGACGAAAAAUUCGCAAGACGAAAAAACUCCAGAACGAAUUAAUUUCGUCUUGCGAGGCACCACUGUAUUAAAAAAGGUAAAGGUAAAAGGACCCCUGACAGUUAAGUCCAGUUGCAGGAUUCGAACCGCCGAUCUUUCGAUCGGCAAGCCCAGUGGUUUAGACCACAGCGCCAUCCUCGUCCCUCUGCUAUAUUAAGGUUGCCAUAUUUCAAGAAGUAAAAUUCCGGACACAAAAAGUUUUCCGUCAUUGGAACCCCGGACAUGGGACAUUGGAACUUGACAGAUUGGCUUUGUUGUUGUUGUUCUUGUUUAGUCGUUUAGUCGUGUCUGACUCUUCGUGACCCCAUGGACCAGAGCACGGAUUGGCUUAGUCAGCAGAUUCAUAACUAAGCAUGCCCAGUUCUUCCAAUCUGUAGAAGCAAAAGCAGGUUUUCCUUCUAAUCUAAUGCCUUUUACUUGUUUUCUGUGAAAGAGACUAUGAGUAAUUUUCUUUCUUUCUACAGCUUGGCAGAUGCAGAGGCUGAAAAGAUUUCUCUGUUGUCCUCAUGUAAAUUCCCUCCCCCACCCACCCACCAUACAGGGAGAUUGUAUCUUCAGCUCUUUUGCCUGACAACCUGUUUUUGUGCGCUUGCCCAUAAAUAUUUUUGUUUCUUCCAGCUUUGUGGGGUUGCUGGUUGUGGCAGUGGCCAGAUCAGAUCUAGCAACAAGGCUCUGGAUCUGCUUAGCUUGAGUUGCAAAAGGUCUCUCUUUGUUCUUCUUCUUCCAGCUAAGAUAGGGGGUUGAUUGCCUUCCUACUUUGCAUUCCCACCUCUUUUACACUUUCCUGCUGUUGUUAGCAAGCUAUUGUUAAAAAAUGAAGAAAUAAAAGUUGCGUGUAUUACGUGUACCCUAAUAAUCUAUAUUGCUGUUGGAGCUGGUGGGGGAGUUCUAGUGCUUAGGGCAGCCUCCCCCCCCCCCCAAGCAAACCGGGUAAACUGUUGUGGGCACCACACACAAAUUCCACAACCAAGCACACACCGCAGCCUAUUCUACUACCUUUGCUGUAAACUGCUUGCAGGUGUUUAAUUUGAGAAAGUGGUAUAUACAUUUCUAGAGAGGGUGCAAAGUGGGGCUGGUGAGGAUUAUAUUAUUAUUAUUAUUAUUAUUAUUAUUAUUAUUAUUAUUAUACCCCACCCACCUGGCUGGGUUUCCCCAGCCACUCAGGGCGGCUUCCAGCACAAUAUUAAAAUACAACGAUUCAUCAAAUAUUAAAAGCUUCCCUGAACAGGGCUGCCUUCAGAUGUCUUCUAAAAGCCAUAGAGUUGUUUAUUUCUUUGACAUCUGAUGGGAGGGCUUUCCACAGGGCGGGCGCCACUACCAAGAAGGCCUUCUGCCUGGUUCCCUGUAACUUCACUUCUCACAGUGAGGGAACCACCAGAAGGCCCUCGGCACUGGACCUCAGUGUUCAGGCAGUAUGAUGGGGGUGGACACGCUCCUUCAGGUAUACUGAGCCGAGGCCGUUUAGGGCUUUAAAGGUCAGCACCAACACUUUGAAUUGUGCCCGGAAACAUACUGGGAGCCAAUGUAGGCCUUUCGGGACCAGUGUUAUGUGGUCUCAGCGGCCGCUCCCAGUCACCAGUCUAGCUGCCGCAUUCUGGAUAGGUUGUAGUUUCCAUGUCACAUUGAAAGGUAGCCCCACGUAGAGUGCAUUGCAGUAGUCCAAGUGGGCGAUAACUAGAGCAUGCACCACUCUGGAGAGACAGUCUGUUGGCAGGGAGGGUCUCAGCCUGCGUACCAGAUGGAGCUGGUAAACAGCUGCCCUGGACACAGAAUUGACCUGUGCCUCCAUGGACAGCUGUGAGUCCAAAGUGGCUCCCAGGCUGCACACCUGGUCCUUCAGGGGCAGGGAGUCUUCCACACCUGCCCACCUCCCGCCCCCUGUCCCCUAGAAACAGUACUUCUGUAUUGUCACAAUUCAACCUCAAUCUGUUAGCCACCAUCCAUCCUCCAACCGCCAAAUGAGACCUUGGAGCCUAGAGGCCCAAUGGCCUGAUGGAGAAGUCUACAGGGGUUGCAUUUGACACACAAGCUUUGAGUUUCCUUGCACAGUGGGAAGUGUCCAUUCGGACUUGCUGGUUUGAUGGUCCGUACUAGCCAGCUUGGGUCACUGGAACACACAAGAUUGGGUGAACAGAAUAAAGAGUGUUUGUACCAAACAGGCCACCUUUAGUCGUCUUUUCAAAGUUAUGUUAUCCUGUAUACACACAGAGCUUCCUGUGAUACAGAACGGCCAUCUUGCCUUCUCCAUGCAUGCCCACUGAGGAUAAGUGCAAGUGGUAUUGAUUCUUUGUGGUUCAUAGCAGGGAGAAAUAUAUAUAAAUAUUUGUGUCAUGUUUAUGUUCAGUUUUACCUCUGUCUUUGGGGAGCAUUCUUGUGUACUUGGAAGUUCCAUGUUCACCUGUGUAAAGUACACCUAGAUAAUGUUGUUUGUGGACAUACUUUGAAUACCUCGUUGCUUGAGGUGGGAUUGACUGUAAGUACAUGCAGAUGUCAUAACCGAUGAAAGAGACACCCAGGGUGUGGGUGUGUGUAUCACACACACACACUGGUAUCUCGGUUUUUGAGCGUCUCGGAAGCUGAAUGUUUCGGAACCCAAACGCCGAAAACCUGGAAGUAAAUGCUUCCAUUUUCGAAUGCAUCUCAGAAGUCGAACAGUUUUCACUGUGUUUUUUUCAAUUUUCCUCAUUGAUUUUGCAGACCGCCCUUUGCACCUCGGUUGUCGAACGUUUUGGAAGUCAAACAGUCUUCCAUAACAGAUUACGUUCAACAACCAAGGUACCACUGAAUAUAUAAUUUUUUAAAUGUUCCAAUAUUAAUUGUAUUAGACUUGAAUUUGUGUGCCUGCAUUUGAUGACUCCUGCCUUGCAUUCCUCCCCUUUCUGACCCGGAAAGUGGCACAAAUUGUCACCUGGGAUGUUUUGCGUUGUCUGCUUUGAGUUAGCACCAGGGCGAAAUCCAGCGUCUCCUUGAUAGGUUCCAAGGAACAGAUAGGGACAGCAGUGUCAACAACCCUGUCGAUGGGCUGAUCGCUAAGGAAACAGUGACGAAGUAGGACAUUUGAGACCCAAAUGGCCUGAGCAGUUAGGGCCACCCCAAGGUAGUUGUGGGGUUGAAGUCGCCUGUAUGGAGCCAAUGAAUGUUUUGCUUCUCAUAACCUGUAACCUUUCUUAAUGUACGUAGAAGGAUGUUUAUGCUUUAAGAAUGUUCAGAUGUUUUAUGGCUCUUUGUGCGCUGUGCCUAUAAAACCCUCGUGGCAGCAGACCUUAAGCGGCAGUUAGGCUAGAACUUCGUUAAGUUGAGCUCUGUCCUAUUGCAAUAGUCUCCAAUAAACAGGUGUUGUAGAAGUAAAUUCUUACCACGUUAACUGUCACGUGGUGUUCACCUAAAUAGUCUGUCCAAGAUUUCAGGCAGGGAGUCCCCCCCUCAGGCCUACUUGAAGCUGUUAGGAAUUUAAACAGGCACCUUCUGGUCCAUUUAGGAGGCAUGCUGGAGCCAGCCUGUAUCUAUUCAUGCUUAUUUAUUUAUUUAUUUAUUUAUUUAUUUUGAAAAGUUUAUGUCCUUCCUUCUCCCCAAAAAAGGAAUCCAUGGCAGCUGACAAAUCAGGGGAAAGUAAAAAAAAGUAGUAAAAAUACUAUAUUAGCAUAAUAGUCACAACAGUAAACAAUACCUAGGGUUAGCAGUAACGAAACAAAAUGCUUUGAAAAUCUAGGAAAUUGCCAGCCAAAGGACUUUUUAAAUAGCCAUCUUUAGUUGGAAGAGCCUAGGGUCUUAAAAAGAGAGUACGCAGUUGUAUUCUGGCCUCAUUCAGCGGGGUCAUUUUUAGGCGUGGGUUGAUGUGGCUGUAACAUUAACCGCUCUCGAGUUGACACGAGAUGCAGUCUGCUUGCUUUUAUAUUAUCUGUCCUUUUGCCUCCCGUAGAUCUGCAUAUAACCUUUUCUGUGUUUUGCCUUGUCUCUCGUUAAUGUUGGUUGUGGCGUCGUGCCACGUAGCUAGGAUAGCACCUCGAUCCUGACCGCAAUCCCUUCUCCGCCUGUCUUGGGCCCAAGGUACCAAGCGACACCUGACACAACUCUCUGCAAGAAACGUCAGUGGUUCUAAUUUUAGGUUUGACCAAGUUCUCUUUGCCGUGUUUCCCAAGUGUUUGUGGUUUCAGCCAGUGAUUAAUCAGUAAUGCCAUGAAGCAGCUCAUGAGUUGCCAUUCACAGGGUGAAUUUGAUGUGUGAUGACAGCUUGAGGAUCACUUGAUUGAUAUUUUUAUAAUCAUGUUUCCGAUGAAGUUUCCUUCUGGCAUUAAGAUAAAAUUAUUCGGGCCUUGUUUUGGAUUCCCUUACAGUUUAAACGGAGCAGCAAAUAUUUUUGACUUGAGUUGUUAAAUCUUUAUCCCUCUUUCUCUUCUCCCUUCUAAAUAAAUACAACAGUUUUAAAAAUCUGCUUUCAGUUUUAGAAAAAAAAAACUUUUAUAUGCAAAAACACAGCCAGGAGAUAACUUCAUCCCAUUGUACUUUGUGUGUGCUUCCUUUAGCUGAUAAUCAAAACUUAACCUACCUGAUGUUUUAUUACUAUUAAUGUGUUUAAUAAUAUAUCCGUUGCUGUUACUGCUGUUUUUCAUAAAUCUUUAUUUUACCUUUUGUCCUUUCAAGGUUUUCAGUAAACGAAUCUUAGGACCAAAUCUUUUUUUAAAAUUUACAUUGUGAAUUUCUAACAAGUCUUGCCAGAAGAAGGAAGGGAUACUUUAUGGCAUGGUUUUAUUAUAAUAAUUUGGAUUAUUAUUAUUAUUAUUAUUAUUAUUAUUAAAGAGACUUGUCAGAGAAGAUUGGAAAACAUUUAUUGAAUAUAUGGGAAAUAAUUGUGUACAGCUGAAAAAGCUGGCAGCAUUCAACAGUGUAAAUAAGUUUUGAUGGAUUCAGUAAUGAAAUAUUGAAUGGUAUAUUUUAUGUAAAAUACGCAGGAAUUUAUGAUAAGUAAAAUGAACCAUGGAAAGAGAAGAAGGGAAGUCAUUGAUAUCUUAAGGAUGUAAAAAUGAGUAUUUUAAAUUGUAAAACAGAAAAUUUAGUAAGAAUUACAUACAAAAAAAGAGAGAGGGGAUAGAUAUUCCCCCCCCCCAUCCCCUCCAUCUGCAGCUACAGCACCUAAAAACAAUUUUUGCAUUUUAAGAUUGGGGCGUUCUUAAGAGAGUUGUAAGAUAUUUGUAUAAAUGGGUUACCUGAGUAAGUAUUGGGGUUUUCUUUUUCUAUGUUUUUAGUGGUUCUCAUUUUUGUACAGGCAACCCCCCACCCCGUUCUCACGGGGGUUGCAAUCCGAGGCACCGUGCGUGUCUGUGAUACUGCAUAUAAUUGAAACCCAUUGGAAAAAACCCAGCAAACGCCCUGUCUCUAUGAUGUUUCUGGGUCACUUCCAGGUUCAGCUCAAUGCAGAUAUUGAAUGCAUGUAAACAGGCUGUUUGCCUGUAUAUAAAUGCCGCCUUGAGUCCUGUCAGGGAAAAAGAUGGGGUGGGUAUGUAUGUAUGUAUGUAUGUAUGUAUGGUUGGUUGCUUAAAAAGUUGUCUUCGCCAUCCCAGCAUGAGGUGCUGUUGCUUGCACAAGCUGUGUUUGUGCAUGCAAAGCAUUAUGGUCUGCAAAGGGUGUGUGUAUGUGUGGGUGGGUAUAAACUCUAUAAAGUUGAGAAAGGUGACCCUUUCAUUUCAAUUGCCUCAGUUUCUUGGUAAAUUCUGGCUGUAGGAAAACCGAAGCCCCAAACCUAGUCCCCCCCUCCAAAAAAGCUCAUGUCAUCAACACGGGAUUUCUUCAAUUGAAUUUGCAACGGUACUAGUUUUUUUCCUGAGAAAAAUGUAAUUAUGUGGAACAAUAUAUACUGGGAUACCUAGCAAGAAAAAGGAUGUGGUUGUUUUGGUGCUGGAAAUUAUUUAAAUGCCUGUCAGACGAUGACAGGCUAUAAUUAAAUUCUACCUCAGGACAUGGGUUAAAGUGGCCUCAUGUUCCUAAUAAUAAUAAUAAUAAUAAUAAUAAUAAUAAUAAUUUAUUCAUACCCUGCCCAUCUGGCUGGGUUUCCCCAGCCACUCUGAGUGGCUUCCAACAGAAUAUUAAAAUACAAUAGUCUAAAUAACGUAAUGGUAAGUAUCGGGAAAGAUACAGCUUGUGGAGCACAGUAUGUCUUGGUGGAAGAACAGUUACCCAGUUUAAGAAAGUGUUCGCUGGUUAAUCCAUAUGUGUUUUUAAUAUGUAUACAGUAGCAACACUACUUUCAAAGAAAUAAGCCUGCUUUCUUUGGUUUUUUAUGUUUUUAGAUACUGCAUCUGUUGCAACAGGUCCCAUCUAGGAAGAGGCAUUUCCCUGUCUGAGAGAAAAGGGGAAAUGUUUCUUCCAUGGUGGGGUCAGCUACCCAUGGCUUUUCUAAGAACCAUUAAAAAAAUAAAUCACUCAUAUUUCUUUCCGAAUCUGAGGUCAUCAUUGGUAGUCCUCAUCCCAGUGUCACUGCCAAGGCAGAUCCUGUGGGUGCCUAAGGGAUGUGCUGCUAGUGUGUGAAAACAGUCCAGAUCCAAGGAUCCCCAGGCAUGCACCUCCCAAUCAGGUGCUAUCCUGGCGCCUGCGCAUCUUCAGUUGGUCGCAAGUGGCCGGUAGCCAGCUGCAAAAUGCGCCUGGUGCAUGGCUAAUUUCGAACGCUGCUUUCCAGAGAAGCUCACCUGCUGCUAAUUUAGAUAGGGUUGGGCAAAGACUUUAACAUAUUUUGAAGCUUUGGCUUUCUAAAGGUUUUAAAGGCCUGUUUUUAAUUUUAUUGAUUAAUGUACGUUGUGGUGCAUUUUGUAGUGUACAUAAUACCUCCUUAUGGUUCGGAUUGUGUAUUGAUGAUGAUUAUCAUGCUGUGCAGGGAACUUCGGUAGCAGAGCAGCAUAGAAAUUACAUUAAUACAGUGUUACCUCAGGUUACAUACGCUUCAAGUUACAUACGCUUCAGGUUACAGACUCCGCUAACCCAGAAAUAAUACCUCAGGUUAAGAACUUUGCUUCAGGAUGAGAAGAGAAAUUGUGCUCCGGCGGCACAGCGGCAGCAGGAGGCCCCAUUAGCUAAAGUGGUGCUUCAGGUUAAGAACAGUUUCAGGUUAAGUACGGACCUCCGGAACGAAUUAAGUACUUAACCCACUGUACAUAACUUCUGCGGCCCAGUUUAAUCAGGGACACCUUUUUUUAAUGGACUGGAAACUCUUUUAGUAGAUUAGACUAACCAAUGAAUUGAACCAAAUGUUCAACCCUGACUAAGUCAUUGUGGAAGGCUUAGGCCAUCAAAAAUAAGACCAUAAGCCAUGGGUGUAGCCAGGAUUUACGUCGGAUUUAAGUAUUUUUUAUUGAUUUACUUGAUUUGAGGAGGGGGAGCUUCUCCCCAGGACGUUCAUCAAACAGAGCACGUUUCCAACUCCAGCAAAACGUUUUUAGUGGCAAUCUUCUUCUUCUUUCUCUAAAGAAAUUUUCAGGAAAAAGUUUCCUUCCUUGAAGGAGGAGUACAAAUGGGAGCGCAAAGCAGUUAACUCGUGUCAGCAGAUAUUUUCUUUCUUUCAUCCAGGGUCCCAGAUAAGUUUAUUUUCUGCCGAAACCAGCACAAGUCUCAGCCUGUUAAGGAAAUGGGGGAGUUUGUUUGCAUGGCAACUUCAAGGAAAUCUGAAUAGGGUGUGGGAGAGGAAGGGGGAAAGAGUAAAGAGUGCAAGCGCCUUGUGUUUUUACAACAAACGCCUCAUAAUCGCUGCCAGAAAAAGAGAGGAGCCUUCACUAUUGUGGCAAUACAGGUUUAAACAUGGAGUCAGUGACAACAGGCUGGAAUGUUAAACAAAACCUGAAAAGGCCUUUACUCUAAUUAUAGCUAGAAGCAACCGGCCGGUACCUUGGAGAUGCAGUGAUGAGGAGAGCCUUAAUGAAAUUGCCUCACAGGCAUGGCUGAGGUGGACAGAGGACUCUGUUUUGACAAUAGCCCUUGUUUUGUGGAAAUCUUGACCAGAAGCUACAGCGUUGAGUUCUUUAAACAAAUUUUAUUAAAUAAAGAUAUUGUAUAUCAUUAAGCCCAACUUCAGCAAAUCACUGGCUUCUUGUGAAAAGCCUUGACUAAGCAAAAGCUAGACAUGCUCUGCAGUCUGAGUGGGAGUGCUGAAAGGAUUAUUGAUUGAUUGAUUGAUUAUUGACUACGUUUGAAGGUGAUGUGCAGUGUUGUUGUUUAGUCGUGUCCGACUCUUCGUGACCCCAUGGACCAGAGCACGCCAGUCUUCCACUGCCUCCCGCAGUUUGGUCAGACUCAUGUUAGUAGCUUCGAGAACACGGUCCAACCAUCUCGUCCUCUGUCGUCCCCUUCUCCUUGUGCCCUCCAUCUUUCCCAACAUCAGGGUCUUUUCCAGGGAGUCUUCUCUUCUCAUGAGGUGGCCAAAGUAUUGGAGCCUAAGCUUCACGAUCUUUCCUUCCAGUGAGCACUCAGGGCUAAUUUCCUUAAGAAUGGAUGCAUUUGAUCUUCUUGCAGUACAAACCCAAGAGUGCAGUACAGUCAAUUAAAAGCUGUUAAACACACACACACACACACACACACACACACACACACGGAACAUAAAUGAAAUCAGUGCGAUUUUUCUAGAAAAAGAGGUGCCAGAACUUGCCAUGAACACCUCCCUCAUUCUCUUAUACUGGCAGUGGUGCCAACCUGAAAGGUGCCGGAAUUGAAUGCCCUGGAUGACACCAUAUAGAGCAGGCACUUAUGGCAAAGGCCCAUUUAUCUAGCUGGGAAAGAGUGGCAGAACAGAAAUGCCUUGUUGCUAAGCUUUUUAUGAUAUACAGUGUAAUGAAAUGUAUCACAAAAUAUAUGUGGUAAAAAAGUGGACUGUAAAUAAAAGAAGCUUCUUGUUCCUAUGCUUGGUCUUUUAACCACAACUCCAGACAUUUUUAUGACACCCAUCCGCACUGUGCUUGAUUUUAAAAGAGCUGAUAUUCAGUAGAAUUAUUAAGGAAAAAAAAUGGCACUUGGCAUAGACCAGUUGGUUCCCAACAUUUUUUGGCCCCACCUAAGCAUCUCUAAAAUCCUGAUGCCCACCCCCCGUGACAUAUAAUUCUUAUUAUUCAAAAGGUGAACUCCUAUUCACAUGGAGGAAGCCUAAAAGGCCAUUCACUGUUAAUAACUCAUUCUUGGAUUGCCCCCCUUAAAAAACAAAUUGCCCCCCUGUGGGGCAUGUGCCCCACGUUGGGAACCCUAGGCAUAGACAGUGAGUACCUUCCCACAGAUGUGGGCGACUGUGGCUCACACUUGGAAUCCCACUGGUAAAUCUUAUGUUGAUACUUCAAGUGUCAGAACCUAGGUGCCAAAUGGCUCCCAAAAUCAAGGUUGCAGUCGCCAGAACAGAAUGUCUAGUUGCCAUUUUGGGGCAAGACGGCUCUAAAGUCUUAUUUUUCAAAUGAUGGACUGACAGUGAUUGAUUCUAAGUUAAACAUCUGGCUAGUUCAGAUGACACCUUUGAGCUAGGUCAGGCACGCCCAAACUCAGCCCUCCAGAUGUUUUGGGACUGCAAUUCCCAUCAUCCCUGACCACUGGUCCUGUUAGCUAGGGAUGGUGGGAGUUGUAGUCCCAAAACAUCUGGAGGGCCGAUUUUGGGGAUGCCUGAGCUAGGUUAAGAACUUUGAGAACUUAAUGGUGACUGCUCCUGCUCAGGCUGCACAGAAAAAGCAUUUUGGUUCCAGAUACUCAUUCUGAUGGUGCAGAUAAAAUAUAACGGGAGCAAAUGGCAGAAAACCAUGGCUAAAAAAGCCACCUCUAUUGGUCUGUCUCCCCCCCAACUGUAUUACCUGGGUUAUGAAGGCGCCCAAAAGGUUUUAAAGCAAAGAUUAUGGGACAAUGCACACAGUGACUUGCGAUCUCGAUCACACGCAGUCUGUAGUCUGCUGGCAGCAGGAGUUCAAUAUGGGUAUGUCUUUGAAUUAACAUCUUACAUCAAAAACCUGACAGUACCUAACUAUCGAAGGCUUUUCACCAAAGCCAGACUAAAUGUCUUCCCCUCCUCAGUGCUGGAUGGCAGGUUGAGAGGAGUUCCCUACCAGGACAGGCUUUGCUCAUGUGCUCAAGACAUCGAUUCCAUAAAUCAUAUUUUGUUGCAUUGUGCGAAGUAUGAGCAGGCCAGGGCUGAACUGAUACUACCCUUGCUGGUGCCUUUCCCAGGAAAAUCAGAGGCUCACUAUGUCAGGUUCCUACUGGAAGACCGGACAAAAGCUAGAACGUUGGCAGUGGCAAAGUUUUUAUCGGUGGUUGCAAGAACAAAUGAGCCCUAUAUUCUAAACAAAAUGAUUGAUUAACCUGGAGGUAGGCUGUAUGAACUGUGUAUUGAUUUGUAAUGUUUUGUUGGGUCUCUGGACCGUAAUAAAGAUUGUUGUUGUUGUUGUUGUUAUAACGGAUAGAAUUCUACAGGAUGUGUUGCUAGUGUGUGAAAACAGUCAAGAUCCAAAGAUCCCUCAGGUAUAUGCACCUGGUGGAGACGUUAGGCAGCAUUCCAGCACCCAGGCAUCUUCACUUGGUCACAAGUGGCCGAUAUCCAGGUGCAAAAUGCGCCAGGACCCUUGCAAAUUUUGAAUGCUGGGUGUUCCCAGAAUUCAUAUCCCCUCUCUGCCAUGAAUUUCACUGGGCGUCCUUGGGCCAGUCUUCAAGUUUUAGCUUAACCUACCCCAUAGGGUUGUUGAGAGGUUACUGUAGAGAGGGGAAGACCCAUCCCUGCCACCCUGAGCUUCUUGGAAGAAAGUUGGGAUAUAAGUACAAGAAAUAAGUAAUUAGAUGGUAACGGUUUAUAAAUAAUAAACAGUGCAAAUAAACACUUGGCAACUGCUUUGCAUGCUUCUCUUGGACUUCUAGAUAACCAAGAGACAAUAGACAAGCAUAGUGGCAGCUUCUAGAAUAUCUAGGUAUUUCCCGAUAUCUUUAGAAUCGUGCAAGCAGGAGUGUUUGGCUGGCUUCUCGCCUGCUGGCUGGCUCCAUCUCCAUGUCCGACUCAUCCCUUCACAUGGCAGAAGGAAGGCAGGGCCAGGACAUCCCUACUCGCCCUCAGGUGAUUCUAAUAACAUGGGGAGGGGGAUUGAAUGCCCAAAGAUGGUCUAUGAGAAGUAGGUGGCAGAGAAGUGACUUGUGUUAGCCCUCCUGGUUUUGCAGAUUGACCAAAAGGCAGUCUAUUGCAGCUCGGAGGCUGGUUUUGCUCGGCAACUUACCAGCCGUUGCAAAAGACGAUUUUCCUUAGAUGUUGUGACGUGUGCAGAUGGCAAUUGCAGACCACAGAAGCGGAUAAGAUCUUAGCUUGCCUAUCCAAAAACUGUACACUGUGGACACCUGAAAAGAAAAGAAAAGAAAAUAGAUGGUGCAUAUUAGGAGUGACAAACACAGGACUCUGGAGCAACUACCAUCAUUUUCGCUCCAAAACACGCACUUUUUUGCUCCUAGAAAGUAAGGAAAAAUGCCUCUGUGUGUUACGGAGCGAAUGCACUCAUGGCUGCCGUCAGUCAAGCAAAGCGGGGGCCGCUUGCAGGGCUUCUGUCCCGCUCUAGCUUUGCUUGCUUUACAGCCAGGAGGAGGGGGAGGAGCUGGGGAGGAGGGAGGGAAGGAGAGCCAUGGCAGCAAAGCGGGCAGCAGCCGCUUACACGGAAGGAGGGACAGACGGGAGCCAUAGCGAGCCGGAAAAAGCGCCGCAUAGCCAGCAACAGCUGCUGCAGCCUCAGCUAGCAAAGGUCCGUGCGCUCUCUAAACGGAGCAAUGAGGCUGCAGAGGGACGGCAGGGCACAGGAGGGCUCUGAGCCACGAGCGCAGUGAAAACCAGUAAAAAAGUUUUUAAAAAGGCUGCUGGGGACAGAAGGGCACGGGAUGAGGGAGAGGGGGAAAUUACGAUUCUCCCAGCGUCUCAGCUGAUCCGCUGAGCAGGACUUGGGUUGCAGGGGAUUCGCCAUUAGCUGCGUAAAGCAGCAAAGAGGGAGAGAAGGAGGAAAGUGGGAGAGGAAAGGAGCUGCUUACACUGCUGUAAGUGGCUGCUCUCCGGUUGGCUCCUUUAAAGCAACAGUACUCUUUCCCUCCCCCCUCCCCGCUCAGCUCGCCGAAAAGCUCCUUUUCCACACACCCUACGCGAGCUCCUUCUCCCCUUAAACCCCUCUCCUGCAUCAUUAGCAGCAUCCUUCUCUACACACCCCAUGCGUGUUCCUUCUCCCCUUAGACCCCUCGCCUGCAUUAUUAGCCUCAUCCUUCUCCACACACCCCACGCGUGUUCCUUCUCCCCUUAAACCCCUCUUCUGCAUUAUUAGCAGCAUCCUUCUCCACACACCCCACACAUGCUCCUUGUCCCUUGAAUGAUUUUCCUUCCCUCCCCACUUAAAACGUGGUUACAAAGCACGGAUCCACAUGGAUCCUCAAGAUUUUUGCACUGGGUCACCCCAAGUUCACCAUCAGAUCACAUAGCAUAUCCAUGGCUACAGCCUGCACCAAAAAACACACACGCACCCACUGUUUCAUGGGGCUGCAGUGGCGCAAAAACGUGGUUACAAAGCAUGGAUCCACAUGGAUCCUCAGGAUUUUUGCAUUGGGCUACCCCAAACUCACUGUCAGAUCACGUCUGUGGCCACAGCAUGAACCACAAAAAUCAUACAUCCACUGUUUCGUUUAGAAUAUUUUUUUCUUGUUUUCCUCCUCUAAAAACUACAUGCGUGUUAUGGUCAGGUGCGUGUUAUAGAGCGAAAAAUACGGUAAAUGUGGUAUGGAAAUUAGGAAUGCAGUAGGAACCUUAAGGAAGUGGGGGGAGGAAAUGUGUUGGGUUCUCAAUUUAGCCAAGGGAGAUGGUGUUGAAUGUUCCAUAGUCCACAUAAGUGCUUUCCUUCCUUCCACAGAUGAUGUUGGGUUACAGCUCCCCUCAACCUUGACUUUUGGCUAAGCUGGCUGUGGAUGAUGGGAGUUGGAGGCCAACAGUAUCUGGGUACUCGAGGUUGAAUUGGAAGCCCAGCUUUGGAGGGAGGGGAGUGUUCACGUCUGUCCUCUCAAACUGCAGAAUGCAGUCAAUAUGGCCGAUAUGUUAGUAGUGAGUAGGCUAUUCUUGUCUGCUUCCGUGGAAGAGGAAGUACUUAGCUGCUGGAAUAAACUUCAGCCUUUUCAUUUGUCACUUCAGUAGGUAAGAAUGCACCAAGUGAGCAGGAGUACUUCUUUCCUGGCUGUAAACUGUUCUGAGAGAGUUAAGUGCGAAGGUAGCCUAAGCCCAUUCCCCACAACAGAGUGAAUAAACCUCUGCAGCUGAGGUGACCUCUGUCAAAAGUGCUAGGUGCCACUGGAGGUGGCUGUCGCUAUUCAUCACCAUUUUGUGAACAUCCAGGAGCCAUCUAGCUGGCUGGUGGUUGAAAUGCAGUGCUGGAGUAGAUGAAUUAUUGCAUGCUAUUGUGUGUACAGACUAAUCAUUAACUUUCGGAGUGUGGAUCCUGAUGUGGUCAAAACAGAUCAAGAUAGGAGGUGAUCAGCAGGCAACACAAACACACAAAAUGCACUUUUAGAAAAACAAAACUCUACUCCCAAAACAACCUGAUGAGGAUUGAGCAUGCUCAGUGGGCACUGAAUGUUGACUGGCUGUUUUGGAGACGAGACAGAAUGGUAUGGCGUUGUCUUGGAAGAAGCUGGUUGGAAGCCAUGGGCCUCUGUUGUCUGUCUGCUGGUUUAAACCUUCCCAUUUUUAUUUUUAUUUUUUUGCUUUGCUUUUUAUUUCACUGGUCCUUCUCUCUACCUGCUUUCUGGUUUUCAUAGCCCAGUGAUGGUUUGGCUCUCCUGCUCCCAACUAUUCGCGGCUCUCCUGUGUGAAGAAUCUUGACUGUGUCUUCUGUCUGUCUUUAACCUCACAGGCUCGCCCACCACUUCAUUUACCCUCAAGCCAUCGUCCAGCCCAGCGUGGUCAUCCCGACCCCCGUACAGUCGAUGACAUCUCCCUACAUAGACUACGCGACGGCGACCCAGGCCUACUCGCAAUUCACCACCACCGCUGCCUACGACCAGUAUCCAUACGCUGCCUCUCCCGCUGCUGGCUACAUGGGAUAUGGCUACACGGGAGCUGUCCAACCACCUCUCACCGCCUCCAAUCCUGCAGUAGCCGCUUCCACCGCCUUCAUGCAGUAUCCAGCCACACAGCUGCAACCCGACCGUAUGCAGUAGAUGAUGACGGCAGCAUCACCUCCACCCUUUUGGAGAAGGACUAUUUCUUUCUUCCCAUGAUGGAAUGGAAAUAUUUUUUUUUCUUUAGUGGGUGGGGAUUGGGGUCGGAAUCCGUGAGACGAAAGAGGAAAGCAGUUCAAAAAUAAAUAAAUAAACCGGGAGUUUCUUAAAAGACUUUUUAGGAAGAAUGCAUAUCAAUACCUAAGCUAUUUAUAGUGUUACAGGCAAGCUUUGCAAAAGAAAAGGAAAAGGAAAAAAGAAAAGACAUUCAUGACAAACAAACUUUCGUAAGCUCUCUCUCUCUUUUUUAAUGAAGACAAAUAAUUGUUGCAGAGGUGGACUGUAAGCGACUUAAAGAGGAAAACUGCAGGUCUGCGCACACUUAAAUCAGUCUGCUUCCACCGGCCAUCAUUUUCUCACUCCCUGCUCCUGCUUUUAUGCACUACUUAACUCUAUUGAACUCUGAAGGCUGGCCAUUUGCUCUUGCCACAGAAGGUACCUGGAGAAUACAGUAAUGAAAAAAAAAAAGCAACCUUUUUCUUUUUGGCUCAUCUUAAAAACUUUGUAAUAUUCAAGAUGCCUUACGGAGGAAAGAAAGAAAGAAAGAACCUAUUUUAAUAUUUAUUGUGAUCUUUUUUAUUAUUAUUAUUCACGGGAGCUGUGAAGUGCAGGUGGAAGAAUAGUAAUAUCUGCCUUGUUUAAUUCUCAACUAAAUUAUUGUAUGUAGGUGAAGAAAAAAAACGUUCCUAAGUAACGCUAAAUCACUUUCAACAUGCAAAAAAAAAGGGAAUAUUGGCUCGAAGGACGUUGGAAUAUUCCUUUAGUCAACGCACUGUAAUUUUCUCUCUUCUUCUUCUUGUAAUUGUUACUCUUUUAAGAUUAUCUCAAAAGUUUUAGGUAUAUUUUUUAAAGCAAAAAAAAAGGAAGGAAAAAAAAGAAUACUGAACAUAUUGUCUACUUUGAUAGAUCUUUUGUUUAUAAUGCUGCAAAGCCUAGAGAAAUUUUACAGUAUUUAUAUAAAAAGCUAAGCAUGGGCCCAUGGGCCUGUCAGUGCUUAGGAGAAUGUCAGGAAUGGAUCAGAGUUUUUAAAAGGUGUUUCACACUUGAACAAAGAAAGGGUUUAAAACGUGACAUUUUUUAUACCCAAUGGUACAAACUGCUGAUUUAAGCAAAGGACACAGUGUAAGUAAAGUGCAUUUUUACAAAAGAAGAGCAAUAAACUAUUUUGAUUUUUAAAACGA